AUGGACAAAAUAAAGUUCAAACUACUUAGACUAGAAACCUUAUGGGAAGAGUUUCGACGUGAAAACGACGGUGACGACUAUGGAAAUCAGUCCGAAUGGGCAAAGAAGCAACUGGAGGGAAUCGAACGUGAGCUUGAAGCCACACUCAGAGAAGCUUCGAUGUGGAAAGAGCGACUCAGAGCGGAAAUAGAAGAUUUAUUGCUCAACAUACAUGAGAUGUUUCAUCUCUUCGGCCGACAAUCAGAGAAUACAGUGUUGGAAGCUGCGGGUUUACCGAUUGCGUUUAAUGCCAAGACAAGAGAUAGACUACAAUCUCUCCACGACAGUUUGUCUGAGGAAAUAAAUGUUACACGGAAUAAUUUGAAAUUGUGGAUUGAGGGAAUCAAGCAAAUCGUCAAGGAAUUAGGAGCUGCAGAAUUAGAUUUAUCGAUUGAGGACUUUGAAAACGAUCUAAGCACUGCUGCAGUCCAACCGAUCUGGUUCAAAUACGAUGCAUUAAAUCGUUUAAUAUCAACUCGGCGUGAUAUGUUUGAAGAUUCUGCUAUAAAGCUUCACUUUUAUUGGACAGCAUUUUCGUACGCUCCAGUCGACGACAUAGAUCAUGCUCUCGCAAAGUUGUUCGAGGACAAACCAUCCUUAAUGGAUGCUCUGAAUAAUAGCAGUAAUGCCGACAAACAAGCAAGCGGGACAACGAAUGAGAAAGAAGAUCAAGUGACAGUAAACAAUGAAAUUCAAAAAGGAGAUAUUUCCGUCAGCAUCAACGCUAAUGCCGCCCACUCGUCUUAUACACUACCAGUAACAUCCAAAGCAACAAUCACGUCACAGAUAUCCACCUCUACGUCUUCGCUAUCUACAUCUGCUAUUUCUACAACGUCAUCUUCAUCCUCUUCCUCCACUCCUUCCGAACGCUACACAUAUUUCAGCACUCCCUACACAACACCACCUAUACCGACAUACACUUAUUACUCUACAUCACUUCCGUCAGGUCUGUUUCUCUCUGAAGAACAAUUGGAGGCAUUACAAAACAAAGUUACUUUCUUCGAGCGAGAUUAUGUCGAGAGAAGAGAUAGAAGGGAUGUGAUGGUUAAAACUAUCACUGCGUUAUGGGAGGAAUUGAAUGUUCCCGAGGACGAUCGAAGAGUGAUUGUUAGGAAUUCAGUCGAGGAAGAGUACUUGAACGAGCUGUCUGCAGAGCACGAACGACUUCGUGCACUUAUGCGAGAAAUCGUUCAAAAGGCGAUCGAAGAAUACACAGCACAGUUGGAAGAUCUCUGGGAUAAAUGUCUUGUUCCGCAGAGCGAGCGAGCCGAGUUUAUUGUUAACUUGCACGAGAUCUCAUCGAGUGAGGAAGUUUACCAUGUCCUUGCGUCGGAGGUCGCCAGACUGCAAGAACUCUAUGCAAAGUGUGCCGAAAUAUAUCGCCUUAUGCUCGAAAGGAAAUCACUGAUCGAAAAAAUGAUAGAUUUCGAAAAACACGCGUCAGAUCCAAAGAGGUUGUUCCAAUCCUCGUUCAGAUUGCUCGAAGAAGAAAAGUGGAGAAAGACCUGUUGGCCCAACUUGGUUAGGCUUGAAAAGAGGCUCGUCGAUGCUUGUUUGGAGUAUGAGACAAACGAAAGAAAGCCAUUUAUGCAUGAAGGCAAACGAUAUCUGGAGGGACUUGAGGAGGAAAUCAGCGAACGUGUUGUGAAUAAGAUGUUCUUUGGUUUCGAACAUGGCGGUAAAACACCUGCGGAACGAAACCAAGCCCGUUCAAGAAACAUUAGUCGUCCGUCUGCCCCAGUAUCUCCAGCAACAUCACGUCCAUCCUCUCCAACUCGUGCCAGCCGUCGUGGCAGUAUGUACGUCGAGGCUAAGACAGACACGAAUGGUGCUAGGCCUCAGCGAGGGAUAUCGCCGAGCGGUCGUCAAAGUAGGAGACCUAGCGUGGCCAUCCCCAACGGAAACGAGGCAAGGACUAAUACACCGUCGCAAAGUAGACGCUCGUCGAUGUAUUUAGAUCCUAACUCGGCAAUCAGGCGGCCUAAACGCAGUAGUAGUGUUUCAUCGAAUUCCUCGACAUCGAGUAUAUCGAGCGUCUCUACACCAACAUCAGUAACGCCGGAUCCUAGAAGUGUAGCUUCGGCCCUUAAGAAAGCGGGGUUGGGUAACAAUAGUACGUUGAAGCCAACAAGAGCGUCGUCUAUACCGGUGCGACCUCAUACUCCGGCGGGAAAGGAUAAGCCACAGAGAAGGCAGACAACCAACGUGGUGAAUGGGAGUAGACCUAGACCGAAGAGCGUAAUAGUAACUGAUUCUGGGAAUGGAUUGAUGGGAAAGAAAUUAAUCAAUACAAAGAGGAUGUCAGUCGUGAGUGAGAGAUGA